AUGUUCGUUUUCAAUGUUCAUAUUCUUAUCAGCGGUUUUCCCAUCGCAAUCGCAGCCAGCAAACACAAGAAGAGCACGACCAAGUUUCUGGCGACGAAGAAGCGUCAAGACCAAAUACAGGAGAUCCUCAAACGCGAUAGGCUCGGCUCGAAACGCUGGCUCUUCUAUCCCCGGUCGCAGGCUCGGGAAGAAUGGGGCGCAGCGGCUGCGGCCCGCGACCGCUCCGACCAGCGGUUCAAGGUGGACGCUGACUUCUUCAGGAAGUACAAGAGGAGCAGGAAAGUGGACAACGAGGCCCCAAUCAUGAAGCUGAAGCGAUGGGAGCUCAUCCUGUAUAAGAAGCUUGGGUUCAUUCAGGCCGUA